UGGAUCAUCGAUUCGCAAGCCACAGCCCCAGUGGCUCGUCCGAAGAAACGUACUACUAUUUAUCACCUGUACUUUGGGCACACGAGUGCUGGGAGCUUCGUUGCAGUUACCAUUCAACUUCCCGUCCCGGGCGCACAGAAGACUGCCCCUCCCCCGCCUUUGCCGUGACGAAUUUGCGAAAACAACCACCAACUCCCCAAAGCCUCCGAGAGAGUAACUUACGCCGCGUACAACGCGUUUCCCCGAGAUGUCUUAUCCCGGGUACCCACCUUAUGGUCAGCCGCCUCCCCAGGGCUACGGGCAACCACCUCCUCCCCAGCAGUACGGCGCGCCUCCACCGCCCGCCCAAGGUCAAUACUACCAACAAUCUCCUCAACCUCCCCAGGGCUACGGGCAACCACCCCCUCCUCAGCAAUACGGUGCGCCAUCCCCCCAGCCGCCGUAUGGAGCCCCGCCUCCUGCUCAACCCUACGGCGCUGCACUUCCACCCGGCCAAUACUACCCGCCGGCACAGCAAGGAGCUUACGGCGCGCCACCGCCGCCGCCUCAGCAACCAUACGGUGCGCAGCAAGGAUACGGGCAACCCCCGCCCCAGCAACCCUACGGCCAGCAGCCGUAUGGCCAGCCCCCUCCUCAGCAAUAUCAGCCGUACGGGCAACAGUAUCCGCCGACACCUCCAUCCGCCGGCUACGGCCCACCCCAAAUCAUUGCUUGGAAUGGAGAUGAGGACGCACGCGCUUUGAGGUCGGCCAUGAAGGGUUUUGGCACGGACGAGAAGGCGCUGACCCGGAUACUGGCGACCAAGGACCCCUUGCAGGUCAACACGAUGUGUGACGCCUACUCGCGCCUCCACCGGCGCGAUCUCGUGGCCGACAUCAAGAGCGAAACGAGCAGCUGGUUUGAAGCCGGGCUAGUCGCUCUCGCCCGCGGCCCGCUCUUGAACGAUGUCCAUCUCCUCCGCGAGGCCAUGUCCGGGAUUGGGACCAAGGAGAAGGCGCUCAACGACGUCCUUCUGAGCCGGUCCAACGCCGACAUGAACGCUAUCAAAGGCGAGUAUCACCGCGUCUUCCACCGCCGACUCGAGGAUGACGUGAGGGGUGACCUGAGCAUGAAGACGGAGAGGCAUUUCAUGAUUGUGCUCCAGGCUCAGCGGGCCGAGGACACUGCGCCCAUUGUGAAGGCCGAUAUUGACCGCGAUGUCAACGAUCUGUACAACGCGACCGAGGCCAAGAUGGGGACCGACGAGAUGAAGGUGUGCAGCAUCUUGACAACGAGAAACGACAACCAGCUCCGUGCCAUUGCGUACGAGUAUCAACAGAAGUUUGCGCGAAACCUGGAGGACGUCCUUCGCAAGGAAUUCUCUGGACACAUGGAGGACGCUCUCCUAUUCCAGCUGCGCAACGGCGUCGACAAGUACAUGCACCAGGCAACGCUCCUCGAGGAUGCGAUGGCUGGCGCCGGCACCAAGGAUUAUCUCCUGGUUAGCCGUGUUGUUCGCUUCCACUGGGAUCGGAACCACAUGGCCAACGUCCGCGGAGCGUACGAGAAGCGGUAUCAUCGCAACCUGGCUAGCAGGAUCAAGGGGGAGACGAGCGGUGACUACGAGCGGCUGAUGCUUGCAUGCAUCGGGGAACGUGUCUAGACGGAGAGAGGGUUGGUGUUUUGUUGUGGAUCCUGCCUUCGGUCAUGCCUCGUGCCUCUUGGUCGGGAGGUCGUGUCACUGUAUUAAUACCAGGAGCGAUAUAUCUUACCCCACGGACUAAUGACA